AUGCAAUCUUCAGAUCCAGGACAUCUGUUUCAAACUACCACUCAAAUCAAACAAGCUGCUGAAAGAGAAAAGAAAUUCAAAGCAGCUGAACAAAUAGGUAAUCCAAUAAACGUUUCUAGUAAAGUACUGGAUUUAGUUGUUAGGGGCCAAGAAGGUUGGACAGGUGAAAGUGGUUUUUUAUCUCGAAGAUUAGACUUGAGAUCUGGCAAAACGAUCAAAUUGUAUAAAAGUCAUUCGGGUCCAGUAACCAGUGUAGCCUUACACGAAAUCAAAAAUGAGGAUGGUACGAAAUGGUUGGCUUUGUUCACUGGAUCAUGGGAUAAGACCAUAAAAAUAUGGAAUGCAGAUUCAGGCGAAUUAUUGUUCACUUUAGAAGGACAUACUGAUUUCCUUAAAUCGCUCUUGAUACUACCUCUUUCAUCACCAUUAUUACUUUCUACAUCAUCAGAUCGUACCAUACGAAUAUGGGAUUUAUCUUCACUUUCCACAUCCACCAAAACAUCUCCAAGAUCCAUCCAAAAUAUCAAAGAACAUACGAGACCCGUCGAAUGUUCGAUACUGAAAUUGCACCUGGAUGGGAAUGGCAGAUCGACAGGUGGAAUGGAUGUUUGGACAGGUGAUUCAUUGGGAUUAAUCAAGAAAUGGGAAAUAAACGAAAGUGAAAGGAAAUUGAAAUGGAAAGAAGAUAUACUGGGUCAUGAUACUAGCGUUUCUCAACUGGCACUUACAGAUGAUGGACUAUGGAGUGUAUCAAUGGAUAAAUCAGCUAUAUUUCACCCUUUCGUACCUUCUUCCUCUUCGUCUUCAUCAUCUCCAAAACCCACAAUAACACAUCCAUCAUACGUCAAAUCGGUGUUGCCUAUUCCAGAAGAAUUCGAAUUACCUCGUUCACUAUUAUUGACAGGAUCAGAAGAUGAACAUAUCAGGAUAUUUGAUCACGAGUCUAUACUAGAUAUCACCUCUACUUCUGAUGCCAAUGCUGGGAAAUUGUAUGGGAUGAUACAAGGUCAUUGUGGGGAAGUAAGCGUAUUGAGAGUUUGGUGGAGUGACGGGAAUGGGAUUGAAAGUGGUUGGUAUGUAAUUUCAGGUGGAUUAGACUCAACACUCAGAAGAUGGGGUGUAAAAGAUAUACUUAAUCCACCUGUGUUGAAUUACGAACCUGAAGAAGUGAAAGAAUCAUCUGGAAUGACAGAGGAGGAAGAAAGGGAAUUGGCGGAAUUGAUGUCUGAUGAAGAUUGA